AUUGAGUUUGAAUAGAUUUGGAGCAGUGAAAACAACCAACAAUGGGCAGAAAAUUGCGAAUUCUGCCAAUACUCAUACUUGUGAUGUGCUGCGAUUCCAUAAUGGGUGGCCUCAUCCGAAGUAAACAAACGUGGACAUAUCGAAUCAUAUCGACCAGAUUCGCGACCAACAAUGAAUCGGUGGCCGGUGGUGAAACGCAUCUGGAUCGCGAAGGUCGCGGCGAAUACACGAUGAGUGGUUACUUGUACUUCAACGUGGACGUUCCCAAGGAUCUUGAGGGCGAGGUUAAUAUCUAUCGCAGCAACGACGGUGGCGCCACCUAUAAGCUCGAACCCUAUUCGGUACCGCGUACAGGAGUCUACCAAACGAUGAACACCUUCUACAAGGACAUGAUCAUGCCAUCCGCGGCCAAUUGUUCCAAUUUUCCUCAAUUCAAGGACAAACUCGAACUGAUUGCAGCUCAGAAAUUUACGUACAACAAGUGUGUUUUGAGCGCCGAUGGAUUUCCCACUUAUCUGCCCGAUGGCAUUUACAAAUUCGAAAUGAAAUCCUUCGGAUUGAUUGAGCUCUUUUUUGAGGCACUCGUCGAAGUGACGCAGAAAACCUUCUGAGCUGCAAUGCAAUUAGCUAAAAUCGACAGCAUCGAUUUUAGUCUUGGUUAAUGCAUCAUAAUCCGCAUUAUCACUUACGUAUUUUCUGUUAUUUUAUAAACUGUAAAGGCGUAUCAAGCAAUUAAGAUAAACUAUUUACUCUGCCGCAUAAAUGGUAUUGGAAAAAGCCUAUUAAAAUAAGCCGAUAAAAGUGGUUUAACAUUAAUGGACACCGUGACAUUGCCGCAAAUACCCCGACCCCACUAAGAAUCUGCAAUUUUGUGGCACAAUAGGCACUUGACAGUACAGUCCCUAUUGGUAAUUAAAGUACACUGUAUCAAGCAAACAAAUUUCAAUAAAAAAAAUGCGACAUUGUUACCUUGUAUUUUUACCGCAAAUCCGAGAACCAAUACUCGUACAUUGUUCAACUUUAUUCCCUCGUUUGCGCUUUAAUUAGCCUUUGUGCAUUAUAAUUGCGUUGCAGUGCCGCCAAGCGUACCGGAAAUUGCGGGGGCGUCAGGACAAAGCGAAUAUAUAUCCCCCCGGGGGGGCGUGGCCAGUGGGCGGAGCAAAUCCCACAGCGAAACGAAAUUAAAAAAAAAAAUACAGUUGCCAAAACGAAAAUGUCUCAAUUAAUUGAAUUGAAUUCAUAAUGGAGGCUGUGAGGGAGCGCAGAAACAAUCAUACAAAAUGUAUAUAUAAGCAAAACCCUU